AUGGCCGUCCCGAUUAUCAUUAUUGCCGUCGCUCCUGAUUGCGAUCGCAAAGACUGGGCAUGUGACACUUUGGAGGAACGACCCUACCCAUGGCUCACUACUAGACUGCUACCCAUGCAUACUCCGUACAUGAUUAGACUAAGUGACUCGAAUAAUGAGUGCUUCCUGCCUACUAGGAAGAAGUGGGAAGGUGACAGUCACUUCAAAGUACCCUUUUUCUCCAUUCUCAUUGGUAAAAGACUCCUUCGUAUUUCUCCCGCCUUGCACACUAAGUUACUACUUACUACCAUUUACUUAACUUGGGUAGGUGCUUGGGAGACGACCUGGAAUCCUUUGGAUAGUUACUUGGUUGCUCGCUCGGGAUUGAAGCUAAGGGCUAAACGGUACCCAUCCGUGUGGUUUGUUUUUUUGGUAUGUCUGGGAUGUGAAUCCAUGCAAUGCUACCUUGAUGCAUUGAAUGCUUACUUACCCAUUAACUACCUCAAAAGAAGUUAUCUCGGAGAAAGAAUCCGAAUUCCCCAUCACCCAGCAAUCCCCUGGUUAAGGUUUUAG